CAAUGAUAGCCGGAAGCACCGAUGGGAGGAAAAUAAAAAAUCGAUGCAAUCCAGUGUCAAUCGCGAGUGUAAACCGCUAACUUACUGUCCUUUUUCGCGACGGUAGGCUCGAAUUGAUCAGCCUGCUUUUCCGCCGCCAGUGCGCCGGAGGGGACGGAAGGAGAGCUGCUCCGUUUGAACGAAGUUGCUCGGUUAGGGGGGUUUAGCUGACGUGUGGAGAAGUUGAGACUGCCGAAGAGAGAGAGAGAGCGGAUAAACAAACAUAAACAAGCGGGGAUCAGCUGAGCGCCUGUCCGAACACCGAACCAGCAGCAGCACGGAGAGAUGUCAGGGAGAGAGAAUCUCCUCUUUCGAGCCCGAGAAUGAUCCGCAGGAGACCGUUGACUUUACACCGAUACUAGCUCCAGGUCAACUGUCAACACUGGCACACAAAGAAUUUCGGAAACACAACACGAGGACCAGCUAUUAAGCAGAACAUCCACUGCUCCUGUCACUGUAUCUUUUGUCGAGACAUAACCAGGCUAGCAUGGACGACCAAUGAGUGUACCUCAGCUGUAACGAAACGAACACACAUUACAGUGCAAAGGAGACGGAGGCGUGUUUCUUUUUGUCCUGAACGUGUUCUAGAAAGACUCAUCAAUACAAACAAAAAGGCAAACAAGAUAGUAGAAGUGGGAUUAACAUGGCCCACCAGGCAACCCCUAGUUCCCAGAAGGCCCUGAUGAUGGAGCUGAAGUCUCUGCAGGAGCAGCCGGUGGAGGGCUUCCGCAUCACGCUGGUGGAGGAGUCUGACCUCUACAACUGGGAAGUGGCCAUCUUCGGACCCCCGAACACCCUGUAUGAGGGAGGCUACUUUAAGGCUCACAUCAAGUUCCCAGUUGACUACCCGUACUCCCCUCCAACCUUCCGCUUCCUCACCAAGAUGUGGCACCCCAACAUUUACGAGAACGGAGAUGUGUGCAUCUCCAUCCUGCACCCCCCCGUCGAUGACCCUCAGAGCGGGGAGCUGCCCUCUGAAAGGUGGAACCCCACCCAGAACGUCCGGACGAUCCUGCUUAGUGUGAUCUCCCUGCUCAAUGAGCCCAACACCUUCUCCCCGGCUAACGUGGACGCGUCUGUCAUGUUUCGCAAAUGGAGGGACAGCAAAGGCAAGGACAAGGAGUACGCAGAGAUUAUCAGGAAGCAGGUGAUGUCAACGGCGGCAGAGGCGGAGCGCGAUGGCGUCAAGGUGCCGACCACUUUGGCGGAGUACUGCGUCCAGACCAGGGUUCCCUCCCAGGACAGCAGUUCAGACCUCCUCUAUGACGACCUCUAUGAUGACGACAUGGAGGAGGAGGACGAGGACGAAGACGAGAGCGAGAUGGAGUCCGUAGGCGAAGCCGGGGGGAUCAGCCCCACGGAGGACGGCGGGACGUCCACCAGACGCUACGACAACCAGGACGACUCUGGCAACGAAGACUCAUGAUGAUCUGGAUGAUACCCCACCCCCCUACUAUUAUGUGUUGCGUUACGAUUUUCAGUGUGUGUGUGUGCGUGUGUGCGCGUGUGUUUGCACAUACAGUGGGGUCAAAAGUCAACUGCCAAAAAAAACAUUUCAUCAUUUAUUAAACUAAAACAAAUGGUCGUUCAAACAAUAGUUGUAGUCGAAAUCAAAGUCAGAAUUUGUGUGUUUCCACCGUUUGCCUUAAUUACAGCUUGCACUCCAUCUGGCAUCAGAUGUUUUGCAGAGAGUUGAAAUUAUUCCAGCACUGUUUUGAGAGCACCCCCCCAAAGUGUUUUUGAGGUUGCGUUAUAUAUCACUUUUUUUUUUUUUUUUUUUUUAAAUGCAUGCCUCUGCAGAACAGAGUGGUGUCCCUCUACGGCCAGUGUGUGAUUAAUCUUGUGCAAGUUACUGACCCCAGACGAGGCAAAACAUCCCCCAUGCCUGAAUAUUUCCACCGCCGUGUUUUUAUUCCCUGUAUUAUUAUUAUUACUCUUUCCUGCAACCAGCUCCUCACGGACUGCACUGUAAGCUGUUUGGUUGCAACCAUGACAUUGAAUUUAUUUUCUUGGUUGUCAACAGUGAAAUUUCAGUAUUGUUCAAUCCACGCUAAACUAUCAGACUUGUUUUUGCCAUUAAAAAUUUAGUUUAACUGCUA